AUGAGUAGGUUCCUGAGGUUUGCUGAUAAUCUAGCCUACACAAGCCACACAGCUCCCAGCUGGGUGAGAAGGCUGUUUUACACAAAGGCCCUGACAAUCUUUCAAGUUCAAACCCCAUUAAGGUUCCAUGAGGCUCAUUUUGAUAACCAGCCCAAGGACCUCAUUUCAGUUCAGCAAGGUUCCAUGGGGAAUUUUAGUGAUUUACACAUUGAUCUGUGUAGCAUCAAAGACAGGUGUUUGCCAAACUACUGUGAGCAUGGAGGACAUUGUGCCCAAAACUGGACUACCUUCUAUUGCAACUGCAGUGACACUGGUUACACAGGAGCUACUUGUCAUGACUCCGUCUAUGAGCAAUCUUGUGAGGUGUAUAGACACAAAGGACACACAGCUGGGUUCUUCUAUGUUGACUCUGAUGGCAGUGGGCCACUGGGACCCCUUCAGGUGUACUGCAAUAUUACUGAGGACAAGAUCUGGAUGACGGUUCAGCACAAUAACACAGAGCUAACUUGGGUACAGAUUUCCAAUGCUGAGAAGGCCUAUGCCAUGACCUUCAACUAUGGUGGCAGUAUGGAGCAGCUGGAGGCUCUGAUUGAUGGCUCAGAGCACUGUGAACAGGAGGUGACAUACUACUGCAGAAGAUCCCACCUGCUUAAAACACCAGGUAACAUCCUACAUUCUUCAUUGUGCUGGAAAUCCACAAGCCAAUAUCCUGGUUAUAGUUUUCCUAACACAAACUAGAUACAUUGGAGAAUUGGGAACCCCAAUUUAAAAUAUUUCUUCAAAUGAUAGUUUUCUUAAUGUCUGAUGUUAAUCAAUUAUUAAGGUGAUGAUUAUUGUGUAGUGUACAUAUUCUUUGAACUCACUAUUUACUGACCUUGUACUUCUGACUAUCUCGCCUCUACUUCUGGAGUGUAGGGAGUACAGGUGUGCACCACCAUGGUUGUUUAUUUCAGGGGUUCUAGCCAUCAAAUUAAGGGCUUUGUUGCAUGUUUGGAAAUCAUGUUAACUAUGGACCUAAUGCCUAACUCUAAAGUUUCAUUUAGUACAUGGAAAUAGUACCAUUAAGCUAGAUCUUUUCAUUUUUCCUUUCAUAAAAUGCCAAAACAUAUACUAACACAUUAAAAUUUAUGUCACACUAGCUGUUCUGCAACUCCAUGUAUACAACGGGCUAGCCUUGUACUCCUAGAAGUCUGUAUACAUGUUCCUCCUCAAGGCUGGGAUUGAAUGUAUGAGGUACUAGAGGAUUAAAAAGAGUAUUGCGUAUCGAAGAAAGAACAUCAAUCAAAUUAUACCACAAAGUUCAGUGUCCUAGGGCUUAGCAUUGCAAGUUUAGAGUGGCUGUGGAACAAUAGAAAAGAAAGUGUCAGUACAGAGUAAGUAGGAGACACCUAAUUCAAUACAUUACACUGUUAGACUUAUCUAGAAUCUUCAGGAGAAAAUUUUUCCACCUAAAUGAAUUUUCCAGAUAAAGGUUGCUUAUCCUUUUAAACACCAAAAAUAUUUUCAAAUAAAAUUUAAGUAGGUCAGAUGGAAAUCUUUCUCCACUGAAUUACAUGCCUCUUUGCCUUCUGAAACACAGAAAACAGGAUAGAAAAUUGAAAGUUUAUUUUUUUCUUCUUUUGAUGACUCAGGAUUAUCACUGUGAAA